ACUUUUCUUUUUAAUAAUAAUUAUUGCUUCAAUAUUGAGGGUGGGCAACAAUAAAAGAAAAGUUUUAAGUUAGCAAAGGGAACGCUUUCCGCUUUCUCUUCUUCGUCUCUGGAGGUCUCCAUCCCUUUUAACCAUUUUAAAAGAGGGUUUUUUUUUUUCCUUAACCAUAUUAGGCACCAGUCUAUCCAUUCACUCUACUACUUUCUCUCUGUGUUUCUCUUUCUGUCUCUCUGUUUCUCUCUCUUAAAAAUGGGUGCUGCAAACUGCGAAGACGAAGACUUAGAAUUCAAGCUGAUUUUUGGAGAGGAGGAAAAAGACCCUCCAACGAUGGGGGUCCCCUUGGAAGACUUGGAAGCAGACAAUCUCCCUGGUUAUUGUUCGCUUACCCUUGGAGACCCUCCGCCUUAUGCCUCUCCUUUGGGCAUCCCAUGUCCUAUGCAUCUUGGAGGGGGCCGUGCUGGCAUGCACUCUCCUCCACCCCGUCCUGCCAACUUGGAUGGCGACACCUUCGAGAGCCAACCGGCCCGGCAGGUGCGGCUGGGUGGUUCCCGGGUGCUCGAAUGCCCCAGCAUCCAAAUCACCACUAUUUCUCCAAGCCAACGGACUGAUGAAGAUGAGUGGGACUCUUCUCCUCGGGACUAUCUCUUGCUGGAGGCUUUUGGGGGUUACCGGGAAGCAGCUCCUUCUUCCGGAUUCUUCACACCAAGUCCUGCUAGCAGUGGAAGUGUCUCCCCAUGGAGCUUCUUUUCGGAUGACGAGGCCCCUGCUGGAGAUGACGUGGAACACGAGCUAAAUGAGGCUGCAGCUCGUUUUGCCCUUAGUUCACCCUUGGGUUCGCCCCGAGCAUCUCCCAAGCCGUGGUCGUCCCCUGAAGAAUCCUGGCCAACUUACAGCACCAGCUACUCCCCAAGUCGGGGAACGGAGGAUACGUGGCUGCUUAUUGGACCGCGACCAUCGUCCCCCUGUGGCAAAAGACGCUACUCCAGUUCGGAGACACAUUCUUCUGUAUCGCCGUGCCUCUCCCGGCGGGGUAGUCUUGGUGAGGAGGCACCAGGGGACACCUUGGAAUUAAGCACCGACGUGGUCCCGUUUAAUUGUCCCACUGCACGGCUGGUGGAAAGCAUCCCUCAAAAAGCUCGCAAGACUUCAACCGAGCAGACGGUGGCCCGGAAGGAAGAAGGGAGCUGCAAUGGAGAAGAUGUGGGUGGUGGCCCCAUGGGUAGCGGGGGACUUGGGAUCACCCGCAAAGAAGGGAUGGAUUAUCUGGCUGUGCCGUCCCCCUUGUCCUGGUCCAAAGCUCGUCUUGGAGGCCACAGUCCUCUCUUCAGAUCUUCUGCUCUUCCACCUCUGGACUGGCCUCUCCCCAGUCAGUAUGAGCAGUAUGAACUGAAGAUCGAAGUGCAGCCUCGAACCCAUCACCGGGCCCACUAUGAGACGGAGGGCAGCAGGGGUGCUGUGAAAGCCACCCCAGGAGGACAUCCUGUAGUGAAGCUUUUAGGUUACGAUGAAAAACCUCUGACGUUACAAAUGUUCAUUGGAACAGCGGAUGAGCGAAAUCUACGUCCUCACGCUUUCUACCAGGUGCAUCGCAUCACUGGGAAAAUGGUGGCCACCACGAGUUACGAAUCUAUCAUCAGUGGAACCAAAGUCCUUGAGAUGUCUCUGCUGCCGGAGAACAACAUGGCAGCCAACAUCGACUGUGCUGGAAUCCUAAAACUACGUAAUUCAGACAUUGAGCUGCGCAAAGGCGAGACAGACAUUGGGCGCAAAAACACACGGGUACGGCUGGUAUUUCGGGUUCAUGUCCCACAAGGAAAUGGCAAAGUGGUUUCCAUCCAGACAGCUUCUGUGCCCAUUGAAUGUUCCCAGCGCUCAGCUCAAGAACUCCCACAAGUAGAGCAUUACAGUCUUAGCGCCUGCUCAGUGCACGGUGGUGAAGAGAUGGUCAUUAGUGGAGCCAACUUUCUGCCAGAAUCAAAAGUUGUUUUCAUCGAACGAGGGCCUGAUGGAAAACUCCAGUGGGAAGAGGAAGCAAAUGUUAAUCGCCUGAAAAGCACAGAGGCUUUGCUGACCCUCACCGUUCCUGAAUACAGCAACAAGAGAGUUUCACGGCCCAUUCAGACAUACUUCUAUAUUUCCAAUGGGCGCCGGAAAAGAAGUCCAGCUCAAGGCUUCAAAUAUUUGCCUGUGAUUUUCAAAGAAGAACCCCAUCCAGAUUCCACACCCCAUACGUUCCCACACAUCACCCCAAAUGUUCCCUUUUCACUACCGCCAGCACAAGGGGCCAUGGAUUUCUCCCCUUCCAGACCUCCCUUCUCUUACAGUCCUGAGCGCUCCCCACCUUGUUCCCCCUAUGGCUCCAACUGGAGCCCUUGCUCUUUCUCAACCCCUCCCCAUUACAGUCCGGCCUUCCGUUUCCCUCCCAGCGAGACCUAUGGGGGCGUUAAUCUCUCUGUACCCCGCCUUGCUCCCCCAAACCUGCCCCACCUUCAUGCUUUAGAUUGCCACCCUCCACACUUUCAGCCCUCUAGUCCACAAUUCAGUCCUCAUGCACCAGGACAGAGAGAAACCCACAGCGGGGAGAGGUCACCGGAAUGGACAGAACCAGACCUUGGAUCCCAGGAGUUUAACCCCAAGGAACUGGAGAAAUCGGGGUUUAGCAGUGGCUUCCGGGAAAACUUGCCUAUCCAUGGGAUCACACUGGAAGAAGUUACUGAGAUCAUUGGCAGGGACUUAAGUGACUUUCCGGAGCUAUCCUGCAAAGGAGGACAGAGCUGAGAAGCGACCAGAAUCCUGAAGUUCAUAAAGCUUCAAGAAGUCAACCCAGAGAAAGAGAAGAUGUCCAAGAUCACACAAACUACAGCUGGGCCAGACUUUGACAUUGAUGAGUUUCCUUUUUUUUUUUUUUUAAUCUUCUGCCUGUGUUUUCUUUCAGUCUUCGAUUAGGGGCCUCCUAUAACUCAAGGCAGAGUCUUCAAUAAAUCUUCUGUCCACCUGC